AGUGGGGACGGGGAGAUGGAUAAACUGACCAUCAUCUCAGGAUGUCUCUUUUUGGCCGCGGAUAUCUUCGCCAUCGCCAGCAUCGCCAACCCCGACUGGAUCAACACCGGGGAGUCCGCCGCAGGUAGCAUUUUCACUUCAUAUCCAUCCACCCUGGAAAUCUUGGAACAUCUUGUCAUCUGCCCUGCUGCUGCCCUCCCUUCCCCAUCUGGAACAGCAUCAUUUUCCGGACCAGAGACCAUGCCUCCUUCCCUGGGAGCACUCACUGUGGGCCUUGUACGGCAGUGUCAAACAAUCCAUGGACGUGACAGGACAUGUAUCCCUCCCCGGCUUCCCCCUGAAUGGGUUACCACAUUAUUUUUCAUCAUCAUGGGAAUCAUUUCAUUGACUGUCACAUGUGGCUUGCUGGUGGCUUCCCAUUGGCGAAGAGAAGCUACAAAAUAUGCUCGUUGGAUAGCAUUCACUGGAAUGAUCCUUUUCUGUAUGGCUGCCCUAAUAUUUCCAAUAGGAUUUUACAUCAAUGAAGUUGGAGGUCAACCUUAUAAACUGCCCAACAAUACAGUAGUUGGGUCUUCAUAUGUACUAUUUGUCUUAUCAAUUUUCUUUACAAUAGUGGGACUUCUAUUUGCUGGCAAAGUUUGUUUACCUGGCUGAUGAAUGUCUAAACUGCUUGACUUCUUUUGUGGGAAAGAUGGAGGGUGGGGAAGACGAAGGCAAGGCAUCUCAGCAGUCCUGUUCUCAGGAGGAUGCUUAGAUGAAGCUAUCUGUUACUGAAAAGAGAAAUGUGUUGACUCGUUCUCACUAUGCACUUUGGAUUAAAAUGGAGAGCCUUUUCCAUAACCAAAUACAGACAACAUUGACUAAAUCUCCUGAGCAUAUUCAGGCAGUCAGGUCUGCACUGUGAUAGCAACCUAGUGAAGAAGAAUACUUUAUACUGAAAAGCAUAUGGCCCUAAGUGACUGUACCGUUCUGUUUUUGUCUGAUUAAUUUUUUUUAACUAUUUAUGAACUAAUGGUGGACCAGAUGGUUGCAAGAAAAGUUCAAGUGGGGCUGGCCUCACUUCCUAAGAUAUUAGUGUACAAAACUCCCAUGUGAUAAGAUAAACCUUUGGCCCCCAAAUGAAUUGCUGUUGCAUUACUGCGCCAAGAAGCCAAUAGAUCAAAAUGUGUUUGCUAAAAUAUGUGUUGAAAAAAACCUUUAAAUUCCCCAUUUUCUGUGUUUUAAAAAAAUUCAACAACAAAAAAACAUAUUAGGAAAUAUGUUCUUUUGGGGGUGGAGGGAAUCU